UAAAACAUGGUGCGAGUGUGUUGGUGCUAGAAAUAUGAAUUAAUCUUUAAAACUUAAUUACUCGACUGUUUAUACUACACUAACUGUAACACACUUUUUUAAUUUUUCCUACAAUUAUUAAAAUAAAAAAAACCUAUAAAAAUGCGUAAAUAACCAAUAACACUCUAACAUAAAGGCGACUCCGCUUGGACACCGGUCGAGAAUACUUACAAUCACUUUCUAACACUCGAUUUGGGUGAUACACGUAAAACGCGCAAAAUCGCCACAAUGGGCCGAAAGCACACACAAGAAUUCGUAACCGAGUAUAUCGUUCAGUAUUCGGACGAUGGCGAAUACUGGCGUUCGUAUGUGAACCCAUCGAAUGAGGCGCAGAUGUUCAAGGGCAAUUCCGAUGGCAAUUCCAUACACUAUAAUGUUUUCGAGGUGCCUAUCAUUGCUCAAUGGGUGCGCAUCAAUCCAACACGCUGGCAUGAUCGGAUUUCGAUGCGUGUUGAACUCUAUGGCUGCGAUUAUGUCGCUGAAAAUUUAUACUUCAAUGGCACCGGUUUGGUCACUUAUGAUCUGCAAUAUGAGCCGGUUGCUUCCACACGCGAGUCAAUACGUUUCCGCUUCAAAACCGCAUUCGCCAAUGGCGUGCUCAUGUAUUCACGCGGCACACAGGGCGACUAUUUCGCCUUGCAAUUGAAGGAUAACAAAAUGAUAUUGAAUUUGGAUUUGGGCAGCAGUUUGAUGACUUCGCUGUCGGUUGGCAGUUUGUUGGAUGAUAAUGUUUGGCAUGAUGUGGUGAUAUCACGCAAUCGACGCGAUAUCAUCUUCUCUGUGGAUCGCGUUAUUGUGCGUGGGCGCAUUAAGGGCGAGUUUACGCGGCUGAAUUUGAAUCGUGCGGUAUGUGGUGAAAGUGAUAACUAAUUUAUUCCUCA